GAGAGAACUGAUCAAUCAAAUCAGAAUCACACUCUCCGUCUCUUUCUCUCUCUCUCUCUCUCUGCCGCUCUGCUUUCGCUCGUUUGCCUCAGCAGAUAAACGGAAUCCGCAUAGAUCCUCACCUUCAACCUCCUUCCCCUUCAUCUUCUUCUUCUUCUUCUUCUUCUUCUUCUUCGCCUUGUCGAUAGAGCUUAUACAUACAGCGGCAUUUGUGUCGGUAUUGUGUGCAGCGGUUGCUUGCUGAUUUGGGGAUUCCGCCAUGGCAGGAUGAACACCGCGUCGGAUGGCUCAGUACAGGCAGUCCGGCGCCCGGGACUACGAUCCCCACCACCACCACCACCAUUACUCCAACGGCGGUGGCCCGGAUCACGUCUCCCUCGCAGUCCGCGCCGGCUCUCAGCAGCUCAAGCCAGCACGCCACCGCCGGUUCGCCCGAUCCGACAAGGGCCGCCGCAUCUCGGUUGGUUCAAUCGCCUUCGUUCUCGUCCUCGGCCUCGUCGUCACUGUGCUAGCUUACUAUUUCCUCUCCAGAGACAGUAAAGGUAUAGAUAGCAAGCAAGGUCAGGAAGAUGACUUGAAAAGUGAUCUUGACUUCCUCACCAAUGUAACGAGGACUGAGGCUGUUAAAGUCCUUGAGUUUGGGAAGGGGUCAGUUGCACAUGGUCGUGAUUCCAGGGAUUGGGAUAAGGAUGAUAGGAGGAGGGAUGGUGAUUACAAUGAGGAUGUGGUCAAUAACUUGCGAGAGGAUGCUAAUGAUGGAUCUUCAAGCAAGAACCAAGUUUUGUCGAAAACAAAGAGUGGGAGCAGCAAGAAGUCUGGUGAGAACUCUCUGGGGAAUGCGAAGCAAAAAGGAGUUGGAUUAUACAAUGAAGCUGGGCGCGAUGAACUGAAAAUGUAUGAAGCGGAGUACGAGGCAUCUUUGAAAAAUUCUGAUGCUUCCGGUAAGGAGAAUGAUGACGAGAAUCAGGAGCUAGAUGAUGAAAGCUCUGGAAGACAGAAUGAAGCUAUUGAUGCUGAUGAUGAAUAUAUUGGUAUUGAUUCUAGUGAUGCUCAUAGGGAAGACCGAAACGAUGUCUCACAUGAUUAUGAAGACACUUCUGAUUUCAAUAAGCCUACAGAAGAAGAAAAUACCUCUUUAAAUAAAAAUACUGGAGAAUCAUUUGAGGUUCCUGAGAUGGCCAGCAAGGGUAGAAGUAUUGUUGAAGUGGUAAAAAAGGUGCCUAAAAAUUUAGUCGAGGAGGAAAAUCUGAGGUCUCAGGGUUCAUAUGAUCCUAAGAAAAGCUCUGGACGUACCAGUUCAACUGGUGGUCAAGCAACGAAAAAGUCUCGGUCAGAUUCUAAAAGAAGAAAACGCCAUUCUUGUGAAAUGAAGAUCUACAACUCCACGACGCAGCUUAUGGAACCAAUAUUGACUCGAAAAUUUGCAAGAUUUGCUCUUCAAUAUGUUGAAGAGGAGGAGAAGCCUGAUGGAGAACCAGACUGGGAGCCGAGAUUUGCCGGGCAUCAAAGUCUGGAAGAGCGAGAAGCUUCAUUUUUGGCACAAGAUCAAAAAAUAAAUUGUGGUUUUGUAAAAGGUCCUGAAGGAUCGCCUAGCACGGGGUUUGACUUAGCUGAAGAUGAUGCAAACUACAUUAGUAGAUGCCACAUUGCUGUUGUCUCUUGCAUCUUUGGUAAUUCAGAUAGGUUGAGGACACCUGCUAAUAAAAUGAUAACACGUCAGUCAAGGAAAAAUGUCUGCUUUGUCAUGUUCGUGGAUGAGAUUACCUUACGAACACUUAAUUCUGAAGGCCACAUGCUAGAUACAAUGGGUUUUAUUGGUCUUUGGAAGAUUGUGGUUGUGAAGAAUCUUCCCUAUACAGAUAUGCGGAGGGUUGGAAAAAUCCCAAAACUUUUGUCUCAUCGGCUUUUCCCGUCUGCUAGGUAUUCCAUUUGGUUAGACAGCAAAUUACGGCUCCAGCUUGAUCCUCUGUUAAUCUUAGAAUACUUCUUGUGGCGAAAAGGCCACGAAUAUGCCAUCUCUAAUCACUACGACAGGCAUUGUGUUUGGGAAGAGGUUGCUCAAAACAAGAAAUUGAACAAAUAUAAUCAUACCGUCAUUGAUCAGCAAUUUGCGUUCUACCAGGCAGACGGUCUGAAAAGAUUCAACCCUGUGGAUCCACUGAAACUACUCCCAAGCAAUGUCCCUGAAGGGUCUUUCAUUGUUAGGGCGCAUACACCCAUGUCGAAUUUGUUUUCCUGCCUCUGGUUCAAUGAGGUUGAACGGUUUACUCCUCGUGAUCAGCUGAGUUUUGCCUACACUUACCAGAAGCUGAGGAGUAUGAAUCCUAGCAAGCCUUUCCAUCUCAAUAUGUUCAAGGACUGUGAGAGGAGACGCGUAGCUAAGUUGUUUCGCCACAGAUCAGAGGAAAGACGGAAUCUACAUCAACAGGCGAUUGAAUAGGAAGUAUGUGUAGCAAACUGCUCUGCAGGAAACCGGUCUCGUGCUUCUCUCUACAUUUUAAUGAGACAAUGCCAGUUGAGGAGAUGAAGACACUAUUCAGUGCCAAGAAAUAUUGCCCGAGUGCUGUAUGCUGGCGCGCAACAGAUAUUCUGGAUUUUGCGGAAACGCUAGGGGGGAAUUUUUACAGCAAAAAAUUGGCUUUUCUGACGGAACAUUUUGAAGACGGUAUCUCUGUAAGUUCCAUCCAUUGUAAGCGCUGUACUUCUGUAGAAUACAACGUAGGAAGGAAUUCUUCAUUAAUCGACACCCAUUGAUCCAUUUGUUCCCAUUCUUUACUUCAUCCGGAGGCAUGAAGCAACCAUUUUACUUCCAUUACAGUUUUCCAUCGCGCAGAUUGUUAUAUUUUCUGAUCUCUCUCUUUUGGCUCGAUAGAUGUUCUUUGUAAUACAACUCCGCUGUGCCAUUAAAGAUUAUGUACCAGUAAUAGUUUCGACUGAGGAUUUUGCUGC